AUGUAUAUGGCGGUAGCUGCGCGGCUUAGGGGCGCGGCGCAGAACAUGGCGCAUCCGAUAAUCGCAGCGGAUCUUAUCGCUCCGGUUCAUAUUCGCGGUCCCAAUCUUUCGCCGACGCAGAGGAGCGAUGGACUCGUCGGAAUGCGGACGGACAAAACUUGGGCAACCGAACAAGCGAACGCGCCGCAAAUGCACGUGGAGACUUUGCCGACUCCUCUUACCCACGGCACGCGCCAUGCCAGCAACAGACACGCCAUCCCCCUCAACAUCGGAGGCAGCAUGACACCGCUUGCGGUCCAAAAUCUAGCUGGGUGGGGCGCGCUACGCAUGAAGGCGUCUUCGAUCUCGAAACAGAUUUCAUGGGUGACGCUUUUGGAGCGCUGGAUCCAGGGGAGGCGGAAUCCGGGACAGCGGCGACCGGCAUUUCUGGCAGUCAAAGCGGAGAUCCCUGGAGCUACCAGGGGCCUUACGUUAGCACAGCUUGAAGAAGCGGUGUCGGUUGGGGAGGCCCGGACCUGGAGCCUGGAGAAGGUGGCGGAGGCUGCGGCAGCGAUGUGCCAUUUGCGGGACGCGGAGCUGGGACCCUUUAGUCGCCGACAGGAAGCCAUGAUGGACGCCAUCGCCACCGCCGCCGUCUGUGCCGUACGACGUGUACGGGGCGGCGCCGCUACCACCGGCGCCGCCGCUACAGUUCAGGUGGGGUGGGCUGUGUCGCAGUUUCUUUGGGCGUGCGCACGAUGCCAGUACUGGGCAGGGCCGCUCAAGCCGCCGCAGGGAACGUGGGCGGAGUCUGACGCCGCCGCCGCUGCCGCCACCACCACGGCCGCUGUCGCUGCGGUGUCGCUAUAUGACAGAGGCGCGGCGGCGGCGGCGGCGGCGGCUACCGGCAUUGGCAUUCUUGGGCAGACAAGCACCGAGACGUGGCCGAGUCUGAAGCCCCAGGGACUUGGAGGUGUGGGGGAGGCAUUGGAAGUGAGCUCGUUGAUUUGGUCCAAAGGCAGAGGUGGCGGCGGCGGCGGCGGUGGCGGCAGUUCCUCUGACGGCAUGGAAGACGGCGCCGUGGCGGCAGUCAGCAGCAGUACCGAUGCCGCCGCUGCCGCCGCCGCCGGCAAUGUCACCAGCGACGACGGAGGAGUUGUUGCACAGUGGCGACCGUUAGCAGUUGAACUAUUGACCCUGCUUGCCGCCGACGGUUGUCGGUUGGUACGUCAGCUCGACAGCAAGUCCCUGUCGCUGGUGUGGUGGGCGCUGGCCAAGGCGGCGGCGAUGGCACGGGCCAAGCACGGCAGCGCCGGCGCACAUCUACAACCCGCCGCGGCGGCGGCGGCGGCCGCCGCCGCCGCCGCCGUAUUGUCCGCCGCGACGCCGCCGCUGAUCUCCGCCUUGGAUGCCCGAGCUCUCGAAGAACUUCACCAAAACGAUAACGCCAAGUUAUGCGCCUUGCUCUAUUCCUGCGCGUGUGUCAACAAGUCCUCCGAGCAGCUGCUGCGUGUGCUGGGCGAUGAGCUAGCGGCGCGGUUGGAGCAUGCCGCACUGCUGGCGGAGGCGGGCAUGACGGGUGUGCCGCACGGCCGGUUUAGCCCGCGUGAGCUGUCCUGCAUCGCGUACUCGUGCGGGUUGCUGAGGAUGCGCCACGAGCGGUUGAUGUCGGCGCUGUCCGAGUACGCGGCGGAGACAGCCCAUUCCCGUUGGAGCGCCAGCGCCAUCUCCGUAUUUAUGUACGGCAUAGCCAACGUGGGCCAUCGCGACGAACGGCUCAUGGCAUGGGCGGAUGCCGCCGUCAGCGCCAAGCCCGCCUCCGAUUACAACCUUCGAAACAUCAGUUUUCUGUUGUACAACUUCCACCGACUUCGGUGGUGGCCGCAUCGCGCGGCGGAGCACCUCCUAUCUGCCACACGACUCCACGCGCCGCCGAGCAUCCCGCUUAUCAGCAUUUCAACCAUCUUGAUGUGCAUGGGCUCAGGUCGUGCUCGGGACGACCGCGUGCUGACGCACCUUUGCGGCGCGCUGGCGAGUUGGCCUACGAGUCAGUUGUCCUGCAAGGACGUGUGUAUUAGUCUGACGGCUUUGCAGCGGCUGCAUGGCGAAGACGUGCUGGCCAGCCAGCAGCCCGAGGUGUUGGCGGCUCUGGACCACCUGGUCUCAGCCAUAGUGGAGAGGGGCUUCUCCAAACCCACCUCCGCAUGCAGGGCCGUGCCCGUGUUCAACCACCAAGAGGUCUCCAACGCCAUCUUCGCACUGGGGAAGCUCAAGUACUACAGCCCGGCGGUUCUGAAUGCGCUCCGAGAUCAUGCGGCUCGCGGCGGCCUGGAGGGCGCCAGCGCCUGGGACUGUACGGCGAUCCUUGUGGGCCUUGCGCAGCUCAACUAUGGGGCCGGCUCCGGCGAUGAGUUUGGAGGGGGAGUUGGCUGUAGCAGCCGUAGCGAUCGAGGCGGAGGUCGGCUGCGGCAUUCUGGUGGAGUGCUGGCGGCGGUUGACGACCCCGCGGAUGGAGCUGGCGGUGGUGGUUUGGUUUCGGAGGUGGAUCUCGUGCGCUUGUUGGCUGACACGGUUGCGCGUCGGGCUCGUACGGCCAAGCCCCAGGACCUGGCCAACACGCUAUGGUCACUCACUGUGCUGGAGGGUGCGCUGGAGAGGUACAGAUCCAUUGUGACCAGCCUUUUGGAGGAGGUGAACUCCAGGGGGGCGGCGGCCAGUGGGAAUCCCGACGGUUUCAACGUGGACGAGCAGAGGCAGCUGUGGCAGGUCCACCGGGAGCUCGCCGCGCUGCCCCAGCCGUACGCGUCGUUAAGGGGAGACCUGGUUCGACUUGGCAGGCUGGGAAUGUCGGAGGCUGAUCACACAUACUCACGAGUGCAGGCCAGUUUUCAGUCCAUGCUAAACGCCAUACAUACGAGUGGUCGCUACUCGCGGCUCAAGGACCUGCUGUUCGAGCAGGAGCUCGUGCCUGGAGGAGAGCAGCUCAUGAAAAUUGACGUGCAGGCCAUUAUCGAGCGGCCUCUUCCGGAGGGUGGUACUGCACUGCACCGAGUGGCUGUGGAGUUUGACGGGCCGUUCCAUUUCAUGAUCAACGAACCGUACACAACGCGGAUUGAUGGUCGUACGGCGCUCCGAAACCGCAUCUUGACACGUCACCUCGGAAAGGAGAACUUGGUUUGCGUCAGCAUGGCCGAGUGGGUGGCUGCAUCACGGGAGCCGCCGGUCAAUGGAUUGCCGGGAAGGUGGCGAUUGAUGGUUAGCAAGAUGGGGCUCCGGUAG